UAAAUGAUUACAGAUAGCCUGUGAAUUGCUGAUGGCCAACGUGAUUAGAUUGUGGAGUGAAAAUCAUGUGCAUUUCCCUCCUUGGCUGUGUGUGUCAAACGGCCGGAAGGGGCUAAGGUAAAAGCAUACACUGUGCAGUUUCGCACGGUUAUUGCAAUUGGUUUUCUAGGGGGACCGACCCCGACUGCAUUCUCCACCAGCACACACCCCUCAGCACCGGUGAUGCAUCCCCGCGGCAAGGGCACGGACAACUCCUCGUUAGAGUCGUCUCGACUUUAGAAUGGUGCAGAAAUCUCUCAACGGCGGGGUUUACCCAACUCAAGCCGGAGAGAAGAAGCACAAAGUCGGGUUUGUUGGACUGGACCCGGGGGCUCCGGAAUCCAGCAGGGAUGGGGCGCUGCUCAUUGCGGGCUCGGAAAGCACCAAGCGGAGCAGCAUCCUCUGCAGACCCAGGUCCAGCAUCUCCGCAGGGAGACCCAGACCGUCGAAGAAAAAUGCCAGCUAUCGGAAACUACAGAAUUUCUUGUACAAUGCGCUGGAGAGACCGCGGGGAUGGGCGUUCAUCUACCACGCUUAUGUGUUCCUCUUGGUCUUCUCCUGUCUCAUACUUUCAGUCUUUGCCACCAUCAGAGAGUUCAAAAAUAGCUCGGAGAGUGCCUUGUACAUCCUGGAAAUUGUGACCAUCGUGGUGUUUGGAGUGGAGUACAUUGUGAGGAUAUGGGCUGCUGGCUGCUGCUGUCGCUACAGAGGAUGGAGGGGGAGGCUGAAGUUUGCCAGAAAGCCUUUCUGUGUCAUCGACAUCAUGGUGCUGAUAGCCUCGGUAUCCGUGCUAGCAGCUGGAUCUCAGGGCAAUGUUUUUGCCACCUCGGCCAUCAGGAGUCUGAGGUUCCUGCAGAUCCUGCGCAUGCUACGUAUGGACCGCCGCGGAGGCACCUGGAAGCUGCUCGGAUCGGUAGUUUAUGCCCACAGCAAGGAGCUCAUCACUGCGUGGUACAUAGGCUUCCUGUGUCUGAUCCUGGCUUCAUUUCUGGUCUACUCUGUGGAAAAGGAUUCAAAUAAGGAGUUUGAGACCUAUGCAGAUGCCCUUUGGUGGGGACUGAUCACUCUCACCACCAUUGGUUAUGGCGAUAAGGUUCCCAAGACCUGGAAUGGACGCCUGCUGGCAGCCACGUUCAGCAUGAUCGGGGUGGCCUUCUUUGCACUUCCUGCUGGCAUCCUGGGUUCUGGUUUUGCCCUCAAAGUCCAAGAGCAACACAGGCAGAAACAUUUUGAGAAGAGGCGUAACCCUGCAGCAGGCCUUAUCCAGGGUGCUUGGAGGUUUUAUGCGACCAACCUUUCCCGUACAGACCUGCUGUACACUUGGGAUUUUUACGAGCAGACUGUAGCUGUCCCAAUGUACAGACUUAUUCCACCUCUGAAUCAGCUGGACCUGCUGAGGAAUCUGAAGGGGAAGUCAUUCAGGAAGGAGUCUCAAACAGAAACCUCUCCCAGUAAUGAAAAUGCACACAAAGACAGACUUUGCGGGUGCUGUCCGAGAACUCUUAGUCGGAAGGCCAGCCUCAAGGACAAGGUGUUCCCCAGUCCUUCCAAGGCUCCCACGACCAAGGUUAAAGUCCAGUCUCCAGGGGCAGAGGACGGGGCUGAGGCCAGUCCCAGCAAAGACGGCAAGAGCUGGGGCUUCACUGACAAGAACCGAGGGCCAAAGCACGCUUUCAGAGUCCGGGGCAGCACCUCACGCCAAAACUCAGAGGAGGCGAGCCUCCCAGGAGAGGAAAUUGGUGAUGAUAAGAGCUGCCACUGUGACUUUCUCAGUCAAGAAUUACCACCAGGCUUGAGGGUAACAAUAAGGGCAAUCUGCAUCAUGAAGUUUCUGGUGUCAAAGAGGAGGUUCAAAGAGAGCUUGCGGCCUUACGACGUCAUGGAUGUGAUCGAGCAGUACUCUGCAGGUCACCUGGACAUGCUGUCUCGCAUUAAGAACCUGCAGUCCAGGAUAGAUAUGAUUGUGGGGCCCCCUCCCCCAUCAACACCUCGCCAUAAGAAGUCCACUGAAGGUCCUAGAGUUGACCAGAUAGUUGGUAAAGGUGCUAAAGCAGAAGGAGAGGCUGCAGACGACCAGAGCAUGAUGGGACGUCUGGUCAAAGUGGAGAAGCAGGUGCUCUGUAUGGACCGGAAACUUGAUUUCCUGGUCAAUGUGUACGUGCAGCGUAUGGGCAUCCCUCGUUCAGAAACAGAGGCCUUUUUCAACUCUAAAGAGCCGUACCCAGCCCCGCCUUAUCACAGCCCAGAGGAGAGCAAGCAGGAGAAGGAGGGCAAAGAGGAGAUGAAGGAGGAAAAGGAGGUGCAGGUAUGUUCUGCUAUAGAUCUCCCAUGCUCUGAUGGAUCUUUGGAAAAGAAAGAUCCUUUACUGGGUCGGUCCGUGGCGAUAUCGGUGGGUACUCCGUCCGGCAGCCACAGCCGCCCCUCUACCUCCUGGCAGCACCAGCUGCAGAACCCUGUCACCCAGCCUGCCUGGAACAGCAGCAUGGCCAACACACCCUCACCCAUCGGUGGCAGCGGCGACCACUCGCCCAAUCUGUUCCGCCUCCCGCCUCCACCUGCUCCGGUUCACGACCGAUCCUCCUCCGGCCCCGGCGGCAGCGGCAGAGAUAGCGGCUCCCAGAGCAGGAGGCGCCACCGGAGGCAGAGGUAUCAGCAAGAAGCGGCCGCCGUGGAGAGCGACACGUCUCUGUCCAUCCCGUCAGUCGACCACGAGGAACUGGAGCGCUCCUUCAGCGGCUUCAGCAUCUCCCAGGCCAAGGAGGACUUCUUUGGCCCUUCUUUCUUCACAGGCUCAGGAGUGGGAGUGGGAGCGGAGACCGAAGCCACCGCAGCAGCUGGACCUUCAUUCUGUGCCAGGGUCAGACCCUUCAUAGCAGAGGGAGAAUCAGACACAGACUCUGACCUCUACGCUCCCUCACCUCUGUCCUUCACUGGAGAGGGCUCAGGUGCAGAGAGGGCAUGGCCAGGACUCAAGUAGGUCAGAGAGGACUGCUCCGCCUGUCAGAGGGGCUCAUUGUGAAUGAGAUCGGUGCUUCAGUCGCCAUCAGAAGACCUGUUAUGAGACCUUGUAGCCAACUGACUGACUGUUGCUGCCGACAAUGCUAUUACAGACCAUAUUAGGUUAAAUGAAUGGAUAUGAUUAGAAGAUGGUAAAAAUAUGUCCUUAUAAAAACAAAGGGGUUGUCCUUUAUCACCUUUUUUGUCUGUGAUGUCACACUUUACAAGCAAUGCUUAAAGGUUCAGUAGUUUAUAAAAAAUAACUUUUUGACAUAUCUUCUGUUACUUUAUCCUGACAGUAGGACAUGAGACAUAAAUUCUGUGAAAUGAUCACAUUUUCCUGCCUCCUCCUAGUGCUCUAAAUAGGCAUUUACAAACUUCCAACCCUCCUUGCGGCAGGAAAACAACCAAUCAGAACCGAGUAGUUUCUUAGGCAACUGUCAGUCAUGUCAAUGACUGAUCAGACUGUCAAACUACGCACGGCUGGUGAAAUAUGAAUCAAGAUCCUUUUACUGCAUUGCAUAUUUCUCACCUCAAAUGCUGUCAGAAACAUAAUUUAGCAUACACUUUAGCUGUCAAAAUGACAGAAUCAGAACAGAACCCUGACUCAGUUCAUUACAAGCAAGUGAUUGACAUGAUCGACAGCCGCCUUAGAGACCCCUGCUCUGAUUGGUUGUUUUCCUGCAGGACAGUAGUGUUGUAAUAUUGCAUUCGGAGGGGGCAGAAGAGCACAAUAUAGUGACAGUUUAAGCCAAUAUUAGUUAUUUUUAAAAGUUACCUACUGAACCUUUAAUUCCACUCGCGUUGCAUUCAUCAAGAUCUUGGUUCAAUAUAAAAAAUAGCUGUUUUGGAACAUUUCUUUAAGUUAGUUAGAGACAUUUUUGUUGUACUUAUUAGUGAUGAAAGGUACUCGAAAGCAUAGAUGUAUGAGAGUGUGAUUUAUGACACUGAACUUGAACUUAUACUUGACAUUGAUUUGUAUGAAACUAAGAAAAGAAAAGCACCUUAAUUUAUUUGUGGGUGCAUUUCAGCACUUUUUCUGUUACACUGACCACUUUGGAAACAAAAGUGGGAGUUAAUAUUGCAAGAUUGUUUCAGUCUUAUCACACGGUUAGCAUAGUGUCUUGAUAACUUCUAUACCUUUGAAUGACUUGAGGUGUUAUGAUGCCAAAAACCUUAGCUAUGAUAAUCAAUUAGACUCCCGCAGAGUAAGAAAAAAAAAGAAAUGCUUGCUUUUCAGCAUCAUUAAUUCAGCCUGGUAUUUAGUGAUAACACAACAGAAGAACUCCUCUCAAAAUAUUGCAGAUUCUUCCCCUAUCAAAAAACCAGUGAACCUGCUGCAUGGCAUGUUAAAUGGGUGAUAUAACGACUGUCUUAAGCAGGCUACAAUACCAGACAACAGACAAAAAUUCAGCUCAUUGAGUGUUUCUCUUCCAUACGGACAAACAGGGAGGUGAAUAAAACAUGAACAUGUGCAUGCAUGACUGGUUUCAAGCUACAAUGUGUCAUUUUUUAAUGGGGCUUUGCUUGAGUCCCAAUCAUGUAAAUGCAGCCCGAGCUUGAUUGAUUUCAAUGGCUCUUCUUUUCUGGGCAAAUAUGUCUGCAAAUGAUGUACACAUUAAAUACAAAGACAGAUGUUUAAUGCCACAUGUGGAAAGAAUGUGGGCUCCAAUGGACAUUUGCUCAUGUGUUUUGUAUUCUUAUCACACAACAUGCGGUGUUGAAGUCGGACUGAGUAGAUCUUGUUGCUCAGACAUGAUGGUAUUUAGCCUGCAAUGCAUAGGUCAGCCAAUUUAGACUCUCUGCUGCUAUGUCAGUUCUGCACUAAAUGAGAAAAUGCAAUAAAAAGCAAGCAAGGCAAUCAAGAACCAUCCUUUACCAACAUUAACAUGGCCUUAUUUUUCACACCAAAAUCCAUUGUUUUGUAAGUAAACAACACUUUCAUUCUAAACAUUUCAUAAAAGUAGUGUAAGUGCAUUUUCAAGUGUUAUAUAGGAGGUUCUGUGGCCUGAGAGCAGUUGUUCUGUUACAAUUUGAUACUGAUAACGCUAAAAGCAUGGGAUUCAUAGGGACGUCCAAAGCAUGAACAGUUCUUAAUAAAACUAACUAAAAUGAGUCAUAGCAAAUUGAACUUUCUUCAACAUUUAAUAUUAACUCUAGACAUAUAAUUUAGGAGACUGUUCACGCAAAAGAUACACCAUCCAUAUUUUUUCAGAAAAAAAGAAACAAACCUGUUGGCAUGUUUUCUACAACCCGGAGAAAGGACCUGUAGGGUUUUACAUGAUACAGUAGCUCUUAGUUCAACACCAUCAUGUAACUGCACCUUCUUCUUCAGUAAUAAAACUUUGUACAUCACUGAAAA